AUGUCGCCUGACAAAACUGCCAUUCUGAGCCAAUAUGCUCCCGCACCGAGUCCGCUUAUGUCGCAGGGCAUAAUCAGCAAUGGCAUGAUCUAUUGUUCUGGAAGUCUAGGCAUUGAUCCAAGAACGGGAAAGUUUGUGGAGGGCACUACGACCGACAGAACUAUCCAAGCUCUUCGCAAUCUCGAGCAAGUCCUCAAGGCAGGUGGUAGUGACUUAGGGAAAGUUGUCAAAGUGACCAUCUUUCUCUCAAGCAUGGAUCACUAUACGGCUGUAAAUGAGGGGUACGCCAAAGUAUUCACAGAGGAUCCUAAGCCGUGUCGAACCUGUGUUGGCGUCGCUCAGCUGCCUAUGAAUGCCGAGUUGGAAAUUGAACUUAUUGCUGCAAUUUAG